UUUGGUGUGGGGUUUAUGUGGCGAAACUACAAACAAAACAUAAAACUCCUGUUUUCGUUGAGAUUAAGGAAAGAAAAUUGUGUCCGGCAUCAAUGGUGACGGUGGGUAAUGGAGAAGAAGAUGCAGUCAUGCAUGUGCUGGUCGUUGACGACAGUGUGGUUGACCGUAUGGUCGUUGAGAAAUUGUUCAUCAAGUCCUUUUCUUGCAAAGUAACAACGGCAGAAAAUGGAGUGAGAGCUUUGGAGUACCUGGGGUUAUUAGCAGGAGAUGUCCAACACAACUCUCCAAACACCAACGUACCAAAGGUGGAUUUGAUAAUAACAGAUUACUCCAUGCCUGGAAUGAAUGGCUAUGAACUUCUUAAGAAAGUCAAGGACUCAGCCAUGUUUAAGGAUGUUCCAGUUGUGGUGAUGUCAUCCGAAAACAUUCCAAGUCAGAUAAACCAAUUCAUGGAGGCAGGAGCUAAGAUGUUCAUCCUGAAGCCUUUCAAGCUAGCUGAUGUGAACCAACUCAAAUCUCAGUUAAUGCAAUCCUGAAGAUAAAAGAUUAUCAAUGUGAUGAAGAAGAUCAGAAGCUUUAGUAUUGUUAGAUCGAGAUUUGAUUCAAAAAAAAAAAUUUUUAAUUUAAUUU